UGAGCUCCCGAACUAACACACCCACAAACUCUCACACAAGUUGAAAAGGAGGCUCUGGAAGUGGGAGAGAGGCAGUCUGAGAAGGAGCGAGGAGGAAUGGGCAGCUGGGUGUGGUUUCAAGUGCUGGCUGGACUGUGCUGCCUCAGUCUGGGGCCUGUUCUUGGGGGGAAGGUCCUGGUCGUGCCGGUGGAUGGAAGUCACUGGCUGAGCCUGAAGAUUCUGGUCAAGGAGCUCCACCAAAGGGGACACGACAUGGUGGUUUUGGUGCCUGAGACCAGCCUCCUGAUCGGGCACUCUGAGAGCUACAGAACCAUUGUCUGGAAAGUGCCCUACACCAAAGAAGAUCUGGAUCAGAGCUUUGAUUCUCUCAGAAACUCUCUAUUUCUCAAACCGCCAGGUAUCACUGAUCUAUUCGUCAACGUCCAGCGUUUGGUCAAUUUUACAAAAACACAGGCGAGAGGUUGUGAGACUCUCCUACACGACCAAGCGAUGAUGGCUGAAUUACAAGCGGAGGGAUUUGAUGCUGUUCUCACAGACCCAUUUCUUCCAUGUGGAUCCAUCCUGGCACGAGCCUUUUCCAUCCCUGCUGUGUAUUUCCUGCGAGGACUUCCAUGUGGCAUCGAUUUGAAAGCAAACCAGUGCCCGGCUCCUCUCUCAUACGUUCCUCUGGACUUCACUGGCAACACAGACGUCAUGACCUUCCCGCAGAGGCUCCUCAACGUCGCUAUGUUCGCAGUGGAGUCCUACGUCUGCCAUUUGUGUUACGACCACUUUGGGGAGCUGGCGUCACGCUAUUUUGGAGAGAGUAUGUCCUACAAGGAUCUGUUGAGCCAUGGUGCCAUCUGGCUUCUCAGAUAUGACUUUGCACUCGAGUGGCCCAGACCAAUCAUGCCCAACAUGGUUUUCAUUGGAGGCAUCAACUGUGUGAAGAAAAAUCCUCUACCUGCCGAUUUGCAGGAGUUUGUCGACGGCUCCGGGGACGACGGCUUCAUCGUGUUCACCCUGGGCUCCAUGGUGUCAAACAUGCCUGCAGAUAAAGCCAAACACUUCUUCGACGCCUUCAGUCGAAUUCCACAAAGGGUCAUUUGGCGAUUCACCGGAGAGGCACCCAAGAAUGUCUCAAAGAAUGUCAGACUGAUGAAGUGGAUACCUCAAAAUGAUCUGCUUGCGCACCCCAAGGCCAAAGUCUUCAUCACACAUGGAGGAACCCACGGUAUCUACGAGGGCGUCUGCAACGCUGUCCCCAUGCUCAUGUUCCCACUUUUCGGGGACCAAGGUGACAAUGUCCAUAAACUGGUGAUUCGGGGCGUCGCGGAGAAACUCAGUAUAUUCGACGUGAACGGCGACUCAAUGGCGGCCGCACUGAAAAAACUCAUCUACGAUCAAAGUUACAAGGAGAAGAUGGCAGAGCUUUCUGCUGUUCAUCUGGAUCGUCCAGUUCCCCCCCUGGAGCAGGCUGUGUUCUGGACCGAGUUCGUCAUGAGACACAAAGGAGCGGAGCAUUUACGGGUCUCGGCUCAUGACCUCAACUGGAUCCAGUACCACAGCCUGGACGUCAUGGGCUUCAUCUUGUUGGUCAUUGUGACUGUCUUGUUCUUGACCCUCAAAUGCUGCUUGUUCCUUGGCCGCAAGUGUUGUGGAAGAGCGACAGCAAAGAGAAAAUCCGAGUGAUUUCUUUUCUUUUUUUAAAAAAGUAAAACACUGUAACUAUUUCACUGUGAAUGUGUCUGUGUCUGAGAUUCCUCCAGAAAGGCGAGUUCGAUUGUGCAACGUUGAUUAAAACUGUUUUCUUGUC